CAAACUAUGACAUUUUAUCUAGUCAUUUUAGUAACUUUGUUAUUAUUUCUUGCUCUUUUUGAUCGGCAAGUUAUCCUUGUUCUUACAAGGGGAUGAGGUGCAAUUUGAGCUAGAGCCAGAGCUCAUUAGCGCCAGAAAUAAUUUUAUUGUAUUUGCUAAGAAAUUAGGGUCGAUGUUUUGCCCAAUUCAAGGCAUGGAGUCUGUAGUAGCAACAGUCAGUGGCUACCAUGGCUCAGAGCGGUUCAACCUCAUCAAGCUGAUCUCGCACGCUGGUGCAAGUUAUGUAGGUGCAUUGUCAAGAUCUACAACACACUUGGUAUGUUGGAGAUUUGAAGGAAAGAAAUAUGAUUUUGCUAAGAAGUUUAAUACAAUAAUAGUCAACCAUCGAUGGGUUGAAGAAUGCAUAAAGCAAGGAAAGCGUGUCCCAGAGCAUUCUUAUAUCCUGGAAAGUGGGGAAGAAGUGGGGCCGUUGUUGGAAAUCCCACUUGUUAAUGUGGGUCUCUCAACAAAGAGUCGUAAAAUGCUUACUGACAAAUUGAAUGUUUGUGACGACUCCGAAAAACAAACUGCCGAUUUGGCCUGUGGGGUUUCUGGUCUUGCAGCAUGGACUGAAUCUUGUUUGUUGAAUAAGAGUUUAUUUCCUGAUUCUCAAAAGAGCAAUGAUACUUCUCGUAAAUCAAAGAACAAGCUGGUUAAAAAGGCUUCAAUGAAAGAGAACAGGUCAAGUAGCAGAUACUGUUUAGAGGAGCCUCCUUUAUCUGGUUUAUUAAUGCAGCAUGGAGAGUCAAGUUCUCAUUCCUCUAGGCAUCCAGAUAAAGACAAGAGAAAGAUCUUUAAUGGUAAUGGAGAGUCAAGUUCUCAUUCCUCUAAGCAUCCAGAUAAAGACAAGAGAAAGAUCUUUAAUGGUUAUGGAAACAAUAUUUCGUCUGAACCUUCUCAUAAAGGAAGGAGGCUUUUGAAGAAGAAUGUUGGUAUAGAUAUGUUGGAAUCUGUUCAUUUGGAAUCUGACCAAGAGUGCUACCCAAUUAGAGUUCAUAACCUACAUAACAAUGUUGCAGCUUCGCCUAAUUAUUCAGAUGGUAUACAUAAUGCUAAUAGAUUGAAAAUUGGAGGAACAUCUGAUGAUCAGUUCCGCAAUCAAAUUGGAAUUACAAAUGAAGGUUCAGAAGCUUCCAAGGAUUCAAAUUUAUGUGUUAAGCAUCCGUCAACAGCUAUGGAAAUGACUACUCAAGAUGGGUGUACUAAUGUUGAGGACUUAAAAGAGGAGAUCGAAGAUGAGACUCAGAUUGAACAUGUGACUAGAUUACCUACUUCAACAGAGUUAUCAUGUGUUAUAUGUUGGACAGAUUUCAGUUCAACCAGGGGGGUUUUACCAUGUGGACAUCGAUUUUGUUUUUCAUGCAUCCAGAACUGGGCUGACCAUAUGGCUUCAAGGAGAAAGAUUUCAACUUGUCCUCUGUGCAAGGCGAGUUUUGUUAUCAUCACAAAGGUAGAGGAUGCAGCCGCUACUGAUCAAAAAAUAUAUUCCCAAACUAUUCCAUGUGCUCCUUCAGACUUGGAUAUUUUCAUUCUCACUGAUCAAGAAACACGCACUUUUGGUGCUCAGUCCUUGCUUGCCCCUACUUGUAGCGCAUGCCGUUGUCAAGAGCCUGAGGAUCUCCUCAUCAGCUGCCAUCUUUGCCAGAUUCGACGCAUCCACUCCUACUGCCUGGACCCCCCCUUGUUACCAUGGACAUGCAUUCAUUGCAAGGAUCUCCAGAUGCUCUAUCAUCACACCUAUUAACAUGUAUCUCUGAAAUCUACUCCUACAAUGUGCAAAAAUGUGUUGAUCCUACACAUUUACAGUAAAAGGGUUAGCUGGCCAAUAACUGUAUCACUUCGUAGUGUGGUUUUGUGAGGUUAGGUAUCUCGACCAGCACCCAUGGUGAAUGACUUCUCAUUAGCUCUGCCACAUGACAUUCGUUCCAACUGCCUAGACCUCUGUUUCUGUGGAUGUGAUCUGACUACAAUGUUCUAGAUGCCCUACUACUACUUACAGUUAAGACGCACUUGAAUUUUUUGAAUCAUAAAAAAUGUGUGAGAACCUACUUUCACCUCCUACAGACCUCUCCUCCUAAAGGGAUAUAUUACCACCCUCCAUGCAUAGCAUUUUAACAUGAAUGUAGAACGUGUUAUUGAUUUA